UUUACAUUGUAAAAUAUUUUUGUAUUUACAAUAGCAACAUUCCUUUGGAGGUCAAGCAUGAACUGUCAGUGCUCAAUGUCAUCCAAUCAGAUUUCCAGAAAUUCACUUCCUUUCACUCUACUGCACAUGACAGGUAACCUUGACAUGCAAAUGAGUUAUGCCAGAGCCAAUGAAGAACACUGACAUUGAGAACUUUAACCUUUAACCUCCCCACUAUAUAUAUCUACCAAAUAAGGCUUUUAAACUCUCAUUCAAUAGCAGAGGGUUAAGUUUAAACCAGUUCCUUUUGUCACAGUAUAGAUUUCCUGCCUGAGUGACUGAGGGAGGGAAAACACUGCAUGAAGCAUGGAUCCACAAAACAAUGGAACAAUUUCUUCCACAGAUAGUUCACAGUCUGAAAACACCAGUGAAGUAGGUGAGAAUUAUUCUGAAGACUCAAAUGUAUACCCUGACACUGUGUCUCAGAGUUACAGAUGUGCCAAUGUUGUGUGGCCAUACUCUCCCAUUCCCUCAUGUUCUGAUGGUUAUAACCCUCACACAGCAGUCAAAUCUGAAUCCUUUGACUUCAGUAAUACUGCAAUUUGUCACAAGGCUGUCAGUGAGCUGUAUCAAUACAGUAGUGUGCCAUAUCAUGACUAUGCAAACAUUUAUCACAGUCAGUAUGCAGAAUGGCAGCAAAUGCAUCAGUGGUACUACACAUCAAAUUACUACAACAGUGAUCGAGCAAUCAAGUACCCAGAUAUUUCCUUAACGCCUCAAAAUACUCAUUCAAUGAACAGUGCUCCAAAUAAUGUCCAAACAUCAGAUAUAGCACGAUGCUCUACUCCUGAUCUCAUAUCAGCGCUUGCAGCUAUUCCAUCGGAUUCCAAAUUUUCAAGAAGCAUUAGUCCACUUCUCUCGGAGGCAAAUCAAGUAUUGUCCAAUGAGUCACCAAAAGCUGAUGUUUCUCCUAAUGUGUCUGUAAUUUCAGAGCAUGGAAACCAUUCCAUGUAUUUACAUGUAGCCAAUCGUGUGCAAGAUAGUGGUUAUAAUUCUGAUUUGUGCAUGUCACCUGUGUAUCCACUUGAUUCAAAGCUGAAUUCUCCAAAAGAGGAAGUGAAAAGUGAAAAUUCUGAUGAGGAAAACAAAGAAAAUGCAGAUCCUGGAGAGGAAUCAUCAAUGAACCUGUCCCAAUUUAUUGAAAUAUACAACACAACAAAACCCUACAUGCCGAAGCCAAACCUCGCUGAUUUUCUCAGGGAUCCUGCUAAGGUAGGGCAGAACGAUAUAUCUAUACAGAAUUCUGAUGAAGUACAAUCAAUGGAUAUAACUUCAUCUUCUCUCUCUUCACCAACUGAUCAAAAACUCCAACAAAAGGCUGUUCUAUGUCACAAGAUGCCACAGCAGCCCCAGAGACCAAAUAUCAAAAAGUGUGAAGCUGCAAAACGUAAAAUAACUGAUGCCGAAAUUCAAGCAGUGAUGCAGCGUGAAAGCAAAAGACAACGACACAACCAACCCUUAAAUCUGAAGGCAGUGCACAUCAUGACAGAAUGGUAUGAGGCACAUGAGGAAAAUCCGUAUCCUUCAAAAUCUGAAAAAGAAAUCAUGGCUAAAGAGGGAGGAAUUUCCAUAACACAAGUGAAAUCGUGGUUUGCCAACAAACGAAACCGAAGCAACAACACAAAACCAAAAGUUCAGAAGCGACAAAUGACAGAGAGACUUUUGGACAUCUGUCAUCAACUUGCCAGGACUGCCAAGCAACCAACAUUAAAUAAUGCCGAUAUUAUACAACAACUAUCAACAAUUAUCACCAACCCUGGCGAUUCCAUGGGUGAGUAACUUUUCCACAACCCCUUACGUAUAUAGUAGUUAUCUUUUAAAGUGCUUCAUUUUAUUGUGCUAUAUAGGGUGUUGGUAGAUAUUUAUAUUUUUUGAGAUAGUGUUUUGACUGAUGGAAUAUUUUUGUGUUAAUCUCAAAUAAAUGAAAUAUUGAAUCAAUGUAAAUAUUUAUACCGAAUUCCAUCCACAAAAAUUUCAAGGGCAUUCCCCUAUCAAUCUAUUUAUAAUCUAGCUGUGACACUAUGAUGAAUCCCUGUGAAAAUUCAAGAAUGUGCAAUAUUUUCCAUGUGUGAUUUUUUUUGAUUGAUCAGUGCAAUGCAGUAAAUUAUUUAUGCCUUAUUUAUCAACAUUUCCAAGAAAUUGUAUUUUAACUAUAUAUAUAUAUAUUUGCAUGAUUGUGUUAAUCCAUUUUCAAAUAACAAAAUGGCAAAAAAAAAAAAUUAAAAAUCCAAAAAUAUUUUAUUGAAGCUAGUCUCUAUUCUGUCUGGGGGAGAGAAUUUUCCAAACGGUGUGUGAUGUAGUUGGGGCUGGUCACAGUAAUCUCCCCUGAAUGUGUUGUAAAUUUUUUAUUACUAUACAAUGUUCUUUUUUUUUCUUUUUCUUUUUUUUUCUUUUUUGAAACUGGUGGUAAAAUGGAUUUUUUUUAAAUAUUCCCCCAAAAAAACUCAUUACCUGUGAUAGAUUUACAUGGACUUGUUAGUGGUUCUUUUUUUUCCUGUGUGUAUGUAUUUUAUUCAUGAACUUUUAACCAAAUAUAACAAACAGCAUGAACUUGAGGUUUUAUAAUUUUACAUUUUCACUGCUAGCUGUGAUGUCAGAUUUUUGGCUGUGGCCAGUCAGGUUUUGAGUUUCCCUCCCAAGUUUUUUUUGGCUUCUUUUGCAGAAACCAAAUUUUGUCUUUCACUCAAUCAGGGAGGUCAGACAGAUGGACUUAUCUGUGAUAUUAUUUUUCAGGGGAGAUAAUUUGUAACUGGAUUUCUGUCUUUCCAUAUUGUGAAUGCAAAAUAAUUAUCUGUGAUAAAAAUAUCUGUAAAAUGUCUUGUUUUCUUUUUGUGCUGUUAUUUUUGCAUGUGCAUGUUUAGAAUGAUUUUAAUUUUUUCUUGCAUUGAACCAUCUAUACUUGUAUGUGAAAAGCGUUAGACCAGAAAAGUACUUAAAUACUGCAGAGUUGAUAUGGCUGUCAAAUACUGUUAUACAUGUGUACCAUAUGUGUUCAUUUCAAGUUUUCUUUUACUGACGCUGCAUUUGUCCACACAUACAAUUACUGUGAGAUUAAUGAUAAAGAUGUGAAAAUGAACAAAGACAAUGUUAUACAGUUGUUUUGGACCCUGAAUAUUUUGUUGUUACGGUUUGAAUUCUGUAUAUAUAACAUUGUGUAUAUAUUACAUUGUGUAUUUAUUAUCAAGAAAUGACCAAUUAUUGCUGAAAGC